AUGGCGAUCCAGAUUGCUCGUAUGAUUCAGCUGAGUGGCAUGUUUGGAGUGCCAGUGGCCUCCCAAACCAAGAUCACCACUAGCACCUCCAAUCGUGCGUUUUCUAAAAGGAUAGCUGUCACCGCAUCGGCAGAUAGCGAGGGUAUUUCGCGACGAGCAGUCAUCACCAGCGGCUCGGCAUUGAUCGCAUCGUUGGUAGCCUCGGCUGCCACGACCGACGCCGCGUUCGCCUCGGAGAGAAUCAGCGCGCGCAAGGCGAUUCUUGAGAAACUCCGCGCGUUCCGCGAAGAAGCCCUCGCUCCCGAACCUGAGCCGGAGCCCGUCCCGGAGCUCGCUCCUGAGCCCGAAGCAGUCUCCGAGCCCACGAUCGAGCCUGUUCCGGAUACAGCGGAGACCGAAGCCGUUGCUGAGUCAACCCUGGAAGAGACUUCUUCGGAUGAUGUGGCAGCAGUGGCCGAUGUAGCUCAAGCAGACUUGACAGGCGUCGCAACCGUCGCUGAUAUUUCCGGCGCCGAAGCCUCUGGCUCCCCUGCCGUGCCGUCGCUCGACUCGGAGGUUGCUAUUGCCGCGUAA